AUGGGGGACGUGCUGUCCACGCACUUGGAUGACGCCCGGCGCCAGCACAUCGCAGGUGAGUCUCGCGCCGCGCGCUUUCGGGGGCCCGCAGGGGGUCCCCGAGCCACGCCCCCACCCGGCCCACCUCCUGCUUUGGGGCCCCGGGCCCAGCACAGUCAGGUCCGGAAUGGGGCUGAGCGGGAACUGCUGGGGACAGUGUCCCGCAUCCGAGAGACCCAGGGCCAUCCCUGUGGAAACAUCAGCAUUUGGAACAUACCUUCCCACAGUGCCUGGAGCUCCCAGGCCUGUUUGAGUUCUGUGGCUUGGUUGGUGCCCGCAGCUUUUCACCCGCCUCGAGCAGAGAAAACCGGGAAGAUUCUGACAGAGUUCCUCCAUUUUUAUGAGGACCAGUAUGGCGUCGCUCUCUUCAACAGUAUGCGCCAUGAGAUUGAGGUCACCGGCAUGCCACAGGCCCAGCUCCUGUGGCGAAAGGUACCACUGGAUGAGCGAAUCAUCUUCUCUGGGAAUCUCUUCCAGUAUCAGGAAGACAAUAAGAAGUGGAGGAACCGCUUCAGCCUGGUGCCGCACAACUAUGGCCUGGUGCUCUAUGAGAACAAAGUGGCCUACGAACGGCAGAUUCCACCCCGAACCAUCAUCAACAGUGCAGGCUACAAAAUCCUCACCUCCGUGGACCAGUACCUGGAACUUGUUGGCAACUCCUUGCCAGGGAUCACGUCAAAAUCAGGCACUGCCCCCAUCCUCAAGUGCCCCACACAGUUCCCUCUCAUCCUCUGGCAUCCUUUUGCACGCCACUACUACUUCUGCAUGAUGACUGAGGCUGAACAGGACAAGUGGCAGGCUGCCCUGCAGGACUGCAUCCGGCACUGUAAUAAUGGGAUCCCUGAGGACUCCAAGGUGGAGGGCCCUGCCUUCACAGAUGCCAUCCGCAUGUACCGUCAGUCAAAGGAGCUGUAUGGCACUUGGGAGAUGCUGUGUGGGAAUGAGGUGCAGAUUCUGAGCAAUCUGGUGAUGGAGGAGCUGGGUCCUGAACUGAAGGUGGAGCUCGCACCUCGGCUGAAAGGAAAACCUCAGGAGCGACAGCGGCAGUGGAUCCAGAUCUCGGAUGCUGUGUACCGCAUGGUGUACGAGCAGACCAAUGCACGCUUUGAGGCGGUGCUGUCCAAGCUGCAGCAGGCCCGGUCGGCCAUGGAGGCAGUCAUCCGCACCGACAUGGACCAGAUCAUCACGUCUAAGGAGCACCUGGCUAACAAGAUCCGAGCUUUCAUCCUCCCCAAGGCAGAGGUGUGUGUCCGGAACCACGUUCAGCCCUACAUCUCGUCCAUCCUGGAGGCCCUGAUGGUGCCCACCAGCCAGGGCUUCACUGAGGUGAGGGACGUAUUCUUCAAGGAAGUCACUGACAUGAACCUGAACGUCAUCAACGAGGGAGGCGUUGACAAGCUGGGCGAGUACAUGGAGAAGUUGUCCCAGCUGGCUUUCCACCCCCUCAAGAUGCAGAGCUGCUAUGAGAAGAUGGAGCCGCUGAGGCUCGAUGGGCUGCAGCAGCGUUUCGACGUGUCUAGCACAUCCGUGUUCAAGCAGCGAGCCCAGAUCCACAUGCGUGAGCAAAUGGACAAUGCUGUGUACACCUUCGAGACCCUCCUGCACCAGGAGCUGGGUAAAGGGCCCACCAAGGAAGAGCUGUGCAAGUCCAUCCAGCGGAUCCUGGAGCGGGUACUGAAGAAAUACGACUAUGACAGCAGCUCUGUGCGGAAGAGGUUCUUCCGGGAGGCAUUGCUGCAGAUCACCAUCCCAUUCCUGCUCAAGAAGCUGGCCCCCACCUGCAAGUCGGAGCUGCCCCGGUUCCAGGAGCUGAUCUUUGAGGAUUUUGCCCGGUUCAUCCUGGUGGAGAACACAUAUGAGGAGGUGGUGCUGCAGACGGUCAUGAAGGACAUCAUGCAGGCUGUGAAGGAGGCUGCUGUGCAGAGGAAGCACAACCUGUACCGGGACAGCAUGGUCAUGCACAACAGUGACCCCAAUCUGCACCUGCUUGCCGAGGGCGCACCGAUUGACUGGGGUGAGGAGUAUGGUGGCAGUGGGGGCAGCGACAGUCCCCAUCCUGAUGCCCCCGAAGUGGCCACCCUUUCGGAGAAGCGACGGCGUGCCAAGCAGGUGGUGUCUGUGGUACAGGACGAGGGCAUGGGGCUGCCCUUUGAGGUCCUCCCUGAGCCACUGUCACCUGCAUCCCUGGACAGCGUCACUGAGCUCCGUGGCAUGCUGACCCAGGAGCAACAAGCUGAGAGCCCCCCACCAGCUGGCCCCCUGCUCAACGGGGCCCCUGCCCGGGAGAGUUCCCAUCCCAUGGCAGACUCUGAGGCCUCGUCGCCACCCAACUCGCCCCUCCGGCAUCUCUCACCUGGAAAGGCUGCGGACGUUGAGCCUCCUAAGCCCAGUGACCAGGAGACUGGGGAGCAGGUGUCCAGCCCCAGUGGCCGCCCCCCAAUCCACACCACCACCGAGAACAGCGCGGGGGUGCAGACUGAGUUUUAG